GGUCUCAAAGGUAGAGCCGGUUUAUACAGGCAUAUUUUCUGUAGAAAGACGAAAAUAACCCUUUGUAUUUGUAAUGGAUCCGGGCUUAUUCAGCAAUUGCAAUUCAGAUCUGAUAUGAUCCUCUGCGGAUACACGUUGCCUGGAAAAAUAUCUGUGUUUUUCUCUGCUCAUUGCAUCUCUUAGCUGAUCUAAUCAAGAAGGAAUCCUCAAUGGAAUUUGAGACCUCCGAAGAUACGAUGGUCGCCGGACUCCUCCACCUGGCCAAUGCCUCGCAACAACCUUAUGUCUCCGAGCUCCUCUCCUUCACUCUCGAUCGCCUCCACAAGGAACCAGAGCUUCUUCGUGUGGAUGCAGAGCGCAUUAGGCGGCAAAUGCAGGAGGUGGCUGUAGGAAAUUACGGAGUGUUCAUAGCCGCAGCCGAUGCCUUGCUCUCCAUACGCGAGGAGGUUUCUGCUGUCGAUAAGCAUCUGGAAUCUCUGAUAACUGAGAUCCCAAAGCUCACAUAUGGUUGCACUGAGUUUAUUGACUCUGCAGAACAGAUUCUGGAGAAGCGGAAGUCAAAUCGGACAUUACUAGCCAAUCAUAGUAUUGUGCUUGACUUGCUUGAAAUUCCACAACUUAUGGACACAUGUGUGCGUAAUGGAAAUUAUGAUGAAGCCCUUGAUUUAGAAGCUUUUGUUUGCAAGCUGUCUACAAUGCAUCCAAAGUUGCCAGUCAUUCAAUCUCUAGCAACAGAAGUCAGGCAGACUACCCAGUCUUUGCUUUCUCAGCUUCUUCAGAAACUUCGAUCAAAUAUUCAGUUGCCAGAGUGUCUAAGGAUUAUUGGGUACUUAAGGCGCAUAGGAGUAUUCAGUGAAUCAGAAAUGCGUCUACAGUUUUUGAGGUGCAGAGAGGCGUGGCUUGCAGGCAUUCUUGAUGACUUGGACCAGAGAAAUGUUUAUGAGUACUUAAAAGGAAUGGUGAAUUGUCAUAGGAUGCAUCUUUUUGAUGUUGUUAAUCAAUACAGAGCCAUAUUCGCCGAUGAUACAUCUGGAAGUGAAGAGAACUAUGAUGGUGGCCUUCUUUUUAGUUGGGCCAUGCAUCAAAUUACUUCUCACCUGAAAAUUCUUAAGACCAUGCUCCCCAAGAUUACUGAAGGUGGAUCACUUUCAAAUAUCCUUGAUCAGUGCAUGUAUUGUGCCAUGGGUCUUGGAUGGGUCGGACUGGACUUCAGAGGCUUGCUUCCACCUCUUUUUGAAGACGCAGUACUAAACUUAUUCUCUAAGAAUAUGAAUACAGCAGUUGAGAAUUUUCAGCUUGUCUUGGAUUCACAUCGUUGGGUUCCAUUACCAGCAGUUGGCUUCACUUCAAACGGUACAACUGAUGAAAGUCAGGAUGACGUGACCCCGCCUUCUUAUUUGAUGGAGCAUCCACCUAUUGCUGUGUUUGUUAAUGGUGUAUCGGCGGCUAUGAAUGAACUACGGCCCUGUGCACCUGUAAGCUUAAAGCACAUUCUGGCUCAAGAAGUUGUCAAGGGAUUGCGAGCUGUGUCGGAGACUCUGAUGAGGUACAAUUCGACUAGGGUGCUCCGAGAGAAUGAGUCUACACUUUUUCUCUCACUCUGUCGAGCAUUCAUUGAGGUUGCUUUUCCUCAUUGCGCGACUUGCUUUGGACGUUGUUAUCCUGGUGGGGCUGCGUUGAUUACCGAAUCGAAGAAUAUAUUUGAUGGUCUUAGCAGGCUAUUAGCAGUCACUCCAGUAAGAGGAGUUCCAAAACCAACAAUUGAUAAUACUGAAGGGACGCAUAUUACAGAAAAUGGUGGUGAGUUGGCCGUUGACAACAAUGAUGAAAGGAUGGCCCACACUGAUGUUGACGAAAUGGUGGUUGCCAAUGGUCAGGCAACUGUGCAGGCUGAGACCCAAGGGGAUGUAUAAUAAAAGUCCUUGUCCUUUGUUUUGUAAAACUUUUGAGGAAGACCUGAUGUUAGUAAGUUUUCUGGAAUCUAUUCCAAUAAAUUUUAAAUUUGUUCUUA